UUGUAACCAUUUCUCAUUUUGACUUACUAUAUCAUGUUUCUACAUUAUUCCUGUAGGUUUGAUCAACAUGGCGACAGCUAAAUUCUGUCUGAAUCAAGAAGAGGGAGGGCAGAGUUCUCCCCGUACCCACAAGUGCAGAGAGUGCUGUAAGGAGUUCCGCUUCCCGAGUGAUCUUAAGACGCACCUGCGGACUCACACAGGAGAGAAGCCCUACAGGUGUGAAGAGUGUGGUAGACAGUUCAGUGUGCUGGAUAGUCUGAGAAGACACAUACGGACUCACACUGGUGAGAAACCGUACAAGUGUAAAGAGUGUAGCAGACAGUUCAGCAGGCUGGGUACUCUAAAUGAGCACAUGAGAACUCACACUGGUGAGAAACCUUACAGGUGUGAGGAGUGCAGCCGGUCGUUUAGCAGACUGUCAGAUCUAAAGACACACAUACGGACUCACAGUGGUGAGAAACCGUACAAGUGUGAAGAGUGCAGCAAGCAGUUCAGUAGGCUGGGUCAUCUGAAGAGACACAUGCGGACUCACACUGGUGAG